AUGACAGUUUCUGAAGACGGAUACAUCGAGAGAGACAUUCCAAAGAUUAGCCUGAAGGAUAGUAAGAAUCGUAGGGAGGAGAUAAAAUCACAAUUGUUUGAUGCUGCCAAAACUGCAGGCUUCUUCACCCUUUACGAACAGGACUGUCCUUCGAAAGAUGAUAUCGAAGAAAUGUUCUUGCUUUCCCAAAAGUUCUUUGGACUUCCACUGGAUAAGAAAACGAAGACCCCUCAUAUCAAGCUUCUGAACUCAGGAUUUGAAUCUUGCUCGCAAAUUAGACCUUCAACCGGAACUGCAGAUCAAAAAGAAUCCUUGCAACUUCAGUAUCACCGGAUCAACCAAAAUUGGCCAGAGGAAGAAGAUGUUGGGAGUGAGUGGAGAGUGAAAACUCAAGAGUUCAUGGAAAAAUGUCAGAAGAUUAGUAACUUUGUUAUGGAGUUGUUUGCAGAAGCACUUGGAUACCCAAGCGAUUUUUUUACGAGGGCUCACGAUAUCACAAAGCCAACCGCUCAGACAACACUCAGACUUCUUCACUAUUUUGACACGACAGGAAAAACCUUCACCGGUAACCAUUGGAGAGCAGGCCCACACACUGAUUUCGACUGCUUGACACUGCUUUUUCAAAAGUCUGGAAGCCAUGGGUUAGAAGUCUGCCCUGGAAGAGAGACUCAUACUGAUUUCGGAUAUUCAGACAAAUGGACCCCUGUUCCAGCAUUCACUGGAGAGAUUGUGAUCAAUAUUGGAGAUAUGCUAAUGUCAUGGUCCGAUGAUAUCUUGAAAUCAAAUUUCCACAGAGUCAGAUUGCCAUUGCCCGGAGAAGAUCAGUCUGACAGAUAUACCAUCGCUUUUUUCAACCAAGCAAACACUGAUGUGGUUAUUCAAGGUCCGCUCAAAAAGUACCCUGCUGUCACUGGAAAGGAGUUCAUCGAGGAGGCAAUGAGAAAAAACUUUGAGCGGUUGCAGAUGGUUUCAAGCUAA